ACUUGACUAUGUGCUCCAGCAAGUUUUACUUCUCCCUAGUGUAGGGUGUUUGCCAGCAGCCUGCACUCUCGGAAAUCAGACUCAAGUGACUGGGACCCUUAAGUCAAAGGCGUACUAUGCUUCUCCCUAGGAGGGCCAGAGACUGCUGACGUGACCACUGAUGAUUAUUCGUGGCUCUCAUAAUUAACAAGAAGAAUGGACAAGCUUAAUAAAAUAACUGUCCCUGCCAGUCAGAAGUUGAGGCAGCUUCAAAAGAUGGUCCACGAUAUCAAGAACAAUGAAGGUGGAAUAAUGAACAAAAUCAAAAAGCUGAAAGUCAAAGCACCUCCAAGUGUUCCUCAAAGAGAUUAUGCCUCAGCAAGGCUGACACGGGGAGAGCGGCAUUCACCACCAGCCCCGCCUCAUGGAACUAAGGCUAGAGGAAUGAAAAUUGGACUUGAAGAGAACCCUGCCGAUGAAGAGGAGCAGUGGUCCGAUGACUUCACACACAGAGUUUCAGCCACCCUUCCUGUUAAAUGGCCCACAUGCUCCCCCAGGAUAGUGGUUCAGGACAGUGACUACGAACACCCAGACGAGCACUCGGACUCAGAGAUGUACGUGCUGCCCGCUGAGGAGACCGGGGACGACAGUUACGAGCCACCGCCCGGCGAGCAGGAGACAAGAACCGUCCACCCAGCCCUGCCCUUCGCCAGGGGCGAGUACGUAGACAAUCGGUCAAGCCAGCGGCAGUCUCCGCCCUUCAGCAAGACACUUCCCAGUAAGCCUGACUGGCCUUCGGCAAAAGCAAGAGCCAGAGUGACCUCCACUCUGCCGGCUCUGACUUCUCUUCAGAAACCUCAAGUCCCACCCAAACCCAAAGAACUUGAGGAUGAGGUUGAUUAUGUGGUCCCUGUGGAUGAUGAAGAUGAGAACUACAUUCACCCCACAGAAGACUGUUCACUCCCAGCUGAAAAAGCUCCCAUGGUGAAUAGAUCUAUCAAGCCAAAUAACUCCUCAAAGCCAGCCUCUCCUCCAGGGACAGCUUCAGGUCGUAACAGUGGGGCCUGGGACGCGAAGUCACCUUCUCCCGCUGUGCCAUCCCCGCUGCCCAGGGCUGGGAAAAAACCAGCUACACCGCUGAAGACAAUUCCAGUUGCCUCUCCACAGAAUGUCUCAAGUGUUUGUGAAGAAAGGCCUAUACCUGCUGAACGCCAUCGAACAUCUAGUCACAGACAAGAAAAUAUGCAGUCAUCAGUGUUUCCUCCUCCCCAGAAACAAAUCCAUCACAAACCCGUACCCCUGCCAAGAUUUCCAGAAGGGGGAAGCUCAACUGUGGAUGGCCUACUUUCAUCUAACCCCCAUUUGUCAGAACAGGAAGCAGACAUUCACUGCAAGCCAUGGUACGCUGGUGCCUGCGAUCGGAAAUCUGCAGAAGAGGCUUUAUACAGAUCAAACAAGGAUGGAUCAUUUCUUAUUCGGAAGAGCUCUGGCCAUGAUUCCAAACAGCCAUAUACACUAGUUGUAUUCUUUAAUAAGCGAGUAUAUAAUAUCCCUGUGCGGUUUAUUGAAGCAACAAAGCAGUAUGCUUUGGGCAGAAAGAAAAAUGGUGAAGAGUACUUUGGAAGUGUUGCUGAAAUUAUCAAGAAUCAUCAACAUAGCCCCCUGGUUCUUAUCGACAAUCAGAAUAAUACAAAAGAUUCGACAAGACUGAAAUAUGCAGUUAAAGUUUCAUAGAUCUUUUUGAAAAGGGUCAACAUCAUUGCUUCAGACAUUUUCCUUAUUUCUAUUUUUGAGAAAAAGUCCCUAAACUUCUUAUUUUGGAUUCUGAAUCAUCCAGUAAUAGGAUAGACGAUGGAGGCAGCUACUGAGGUGAUCAUACAUUUCUUUAUAAGAAGCUCACAUGGACUUGUUCUAUUGCCUGACCUGAUGAACUGUGAAUAUUUGGUGAGAUUGAGUUAUCAUGCUACUAAUAUUCUCCAAAUAAACAUCUUUAUUUAAAAGAAAUAGGUGUAAAGUCUUUUUAGUCAUAUAAGAAAAUAACACUCUAUAUUCAAAUAUAAGAAAAUAAUAUUCUUGGAUUAAAACAAAGCUGCUGGAAAUUUGGGCCAGCACAAUUGUCACUGGUACACUAAUGUAAUGUCUACUGCCCAUGCUUGACAAUUAUGUCUUGGUUGAAAUUGUAAUAUGUAGAAAAUAAGAUAUAGGUAAUGUACAAUAUUUAUAAGUACUAAUUAAGGAGGAUGUCCAUUUUGUGAGUGGGAAACUGCAACUAAGCUGUGGGAGAUGUACAUACCCAGCCAUGGGAAAUGUAUAUAGAUAUGAACUUUCUAGAAGAUCUUGUCCACAAUUAUGUUGUUAGUUUUGUUUAUUAAAAAUGGUUCUACUCUC